GCCAACAUGGCAACCACUCUUGUUAACUAUCGCCGGUAUAAACGUGGCUCCAAGCAACUCAACCUUCCAUGUUGACUAUAAGUCCUGCUGAAAUUUAUUAAUAUAUUUAACUUAUAAAGAAAUUACAUCCUUUUAUUAUUUAUUCAGGUAAACUACAUCCGAGAAAAGAUGAAGUGGCCAUCAAUCAGUUUAAUCAUUUCUGUUAUAUUUUUGGGGUACAUUGCACAUUCUAUUUAUACUAUUUCUCUCUUAUUUGUACCACCAUCCUGUGAAUCUGGAAAAACAUGUCUGACUUCCUAUUUGAGUACAAAACCAGAUUUGCAAUUACAUAUGUUCACUUCUACGAUGGGACGGCCAUUACAAAAAGAAGUUGUUCCUGUAUACUCUGUGUCACAUUUUGAUUAUUCCCAGGAACAAAGCAUCCCUAUCAAUCUAGAAAUUCCAAAAAGAACACAACAAAAUGGUACUCUCUUUUUGCACAUAAUGGUACUUCCCAAAUCUUCCAAAUAUAACAACUCUUUCAACGAUCUUCAAAAGGAUCCAUUCAUGGUGUACACUAGAAUAAAAAUGACUCAGUAUGCCAUUCCUCAGGCGGCAGUAUUCAAGUUACUUGGUGAAAAAGAUCGAGUGGAGCGUAAGAGAAAAGAGAGUUAUGUUAAGCCAGUCUCCCAUCUAAAGACUCGCGUUACAUUCACAAUAAUGACGGACGACAUUCGGCUACCUGCCAAUAAUCUACCCCUUGAGCUCUCAAGGGAUAUAAGAGUAACUCGAGAGGGAAUGUUUCUGCCCAUUAUUAACUACGAUUUCCUACAAACAAGGCACAAGGAUCUCGUGCGGAUUAUUCCAGAAAAUCGUACUAUCGACGUUAAAGUAAAAUACAGUCCAGUAUCCUUGGGAAAACUGAGAUUAGUGCUCCAUGUCGAGGCAGCUAUGUAUGGCUUGAAGAGCUUAGGCUUCUCGGAUAAGGACGUUAACGAGGUUAAAGGUAUCUUCGCUGAUACAAAUCUUUACCUCUUGGCUGGAACCAUCUUCAUAGCAGCGAUGCACCUUCUCUUUGACUUCUUGGCGUUCAAGAAUGAUGUAAGCUUUUGGAGAAGCAAGAAUAAUCUUGCUGGACUCAGUGUGAGAACUGUUCUGUGGAGAGCUUUCAGUCAGGCUAUAAUUUUUUUUUAUCUUCUGGACGAGGGUUCGUCUCUACUUGUCCUCAUCCCAGCAGGAGUUGGAACAGUGAUUGAGUUGUGGAAGUCUAAGAAGAUCCUACGGGCUGAAUUCGUAAAAGGUCCUGGUAUAAUUCCAAGGAUUAGGUUUAAUCCCACGGAGAAGAAUUCAGCAGAGGCGCGGACACGUGAAUUCGACGCAGAAAGUAUGCGUUAUCUCAGCUAUUUAUUGUACCCACUAGUAAUAGCAGGUGCUUCCUAUUCCCUGUUGUACCAACCACACAAAAGCUGGUACUCGUGGUGCAUAAAUUCUCUAGUAAAUGGUGUCUAUGCCUUUGGCUUCCUGUUCAUGCUGCCGCAACUGUUUGUAAAUUACAAACUAAAGUCUGUCGCUCAUUUACCCUGGCGAGCUUUUAUGUACAAAGCCUUUAAUACAUUCAUCGACGACAUCUUUGCGUUCAUCAUAACAAUGCCAACGGCCCAUAGGGUCGCCUGUUUUCGUGAUGAUGCCGUGUUCCUGAUUUAUCUUUACCAGAGAUGGUUGUAUCCCGUAGACAAGAGUCGUACCGAUGACUCUGUCCCGAUAAGCGAGGAACUUCGUGGCAAUACGACAUCCUCCAAGAAGAAAGAUUAAAUAUUUUUAUGCACAUUCUAGACAACACAUACUGUCGAAGAAUCGUCUUGAAGACAUCUAAUGCGACAAAGGUUGUCUUUUAGGCAUCU